UGACCUCCCUAGACACUCCUCUGUUGUCCUCGGGUUCGUUCUGAGGCAAAGGGGAAAAAAACUAAAAGCCAGUCUGAAUGGGGAAACUGGAACAGGAAAUCUUCCACAAACUGGGCUGUUAACUAUGGCUUAAAAUGGGGACUAUGGAUUCUUACCUCGUUACCUGGAUUAGUUUUCUGUGACCCCCUUUGUUCCUACUGCUUUGCUGCUCAUUUGCUCUCGUCUCCUGGCAGUACCCCGCUCCCCACUCUCUUCCCGCUUCUCUAUCCUUCGGGCACUGCUUUUUGCACCUUGCGCAUAGCAGCUGGUGGAGUCAACUUGCAUUGCUGAAAGCUUGUGCGACAACUCGAUGCAUCUUAUUUGGUCGGUAAAGGUGCGCGCCUACCUUGCCUUCUGACCCACGUCAGACUAACCUGCCUCCGCCCCCUCCCGCGCUGUGCCCGCAAAGCAGACCACACCUGGGGGCCCCUGGGCUAGCACAAGGGCAGCUUUGCUGGGGCAGUUCACCCCCUGUGCUGGGAAACGCAGGUUUCGUACAGGGCGCAGGAACCUCGGCCACACAUCCCGCCUGAGCAGAUCGCAGCCGCUGCUGCCCUCUGCCGAAGGCUGCUCACGCUCUCCCCCGGGAGGGCGGGCUCGUCUCGCAGGAUGCGGAGGGACGCGGCGGAGCAGCCCGGCGGCCCGCUUGCUGCGCAGGGCCGCAGGUGCAGGCGGCCGCUCCCGGGGAGGCUGCUGCAGCGGACACGGGGCCGGGGCCAGGCUCAGACUGCCGGGGGCGCGGGCGGGAGGAGCCGCCGCUGCCCGAGUUUAACGCGCAGGCGCCGGAGCUGUGACUCCCGAUGACACGUGAAGUCACUUCCUGGCGGGCGGCGCUGUCCCGUCCCGUCCCGUCCCGUCCCGCCGGCGCAGACACAGAGAGGCUACCAGAGUUCUCCAGCUCAAGAUAGUCCAGUAAACCUUGCUAAGUCUGAAUUGGGUAUGGAGACAGUUCAAGAAGAGGGACUUCUGAAGAGGGUGCAAGAACUGGAAGAGGAGGUGAAGAAACUUCAAGAGAAACUCUCAGAGGGCAAGGAGAGUAAUGGUAUAAAAAGUGGCCCUUCGGCAUCUGGGAAAACUAAGAAACGCCAGCAGCGUCCAUUUGAUUUUAGUGCCUAUGGCAAGAGACAUGUGGCACUGAAGAUUGCCUAUCUGGGAUGGGGAUACCAGGGUUUUGCCAGCCAGGAGAACACCAACAAUACCAUUGAAGAGAAACUGUUUGAGGCACUAACCAAGACUCGGUUGGUAGAAAAUAGGCAGACUUCCAAUUAUCAUCGUUGUGGGCGGACAGAUAAGGGGGUCAGUGCCUUUGGACAGGUGAUUUCCUUAGACCUCCGCUCAAACACUUCAGAAGGAAAAAAAGUAAAUAGUCACGAGGAUGGCUUGGAAGAGAAAGCCAGUAGCUUUGUGGAUGAGAUGCGCUAUACCCAUAUUCUAAACCGAGUACUUCCUCCUGAUAUACGUGUCCUAGCCUGGGCUCCUGUAGAGCCCAGCUUCAGUGCUAGAUUCAACUGCCUCAAGAGGACCUAUCGCUAUUUUUUUCCACGUGCAGACCUGGAUGUAGCUCUCAUGAAUGCUGCAGCCCAAAAAUACACAGGGACUCAUGACUUCCGCAAUUUGUGCAAGAUGGAUGUAGCCAAUGGUGUGAUAAACUUCCAAAGGACUAUUCUCGCUGCACAGGUGCAACUGGUGGAUAGAGGCCAAGAUACUGGGCUACAGGACCCUUUCCAACUGUGUCAGUUUGAAGUGACAGGCCUGGCAUUCCUCUAUCAUCAGGUCCGCUGUAUGAUGGCAAUCCUCUUCCUAAUUGGACAGAGGAUGGAGGACCCAGAGAUUAUUGACGAGCUACUGGAUGUGGAGAAGAACCCUCGAAAACCACAGUACAGCAUGGCAGUGGAAUUUCCUCUGGUUCUUUAUCACUGCGAGUUUGAAAACAUCCAGUGGAUUUAUGACCAAGAAGUUCAGGAAUUCAAUAUUACUCACCUACAGCAACUCUGGGCCAAUUAUGCAGUUAAAACCCAUAUGCUAUAUGACAUAUUACAGGGGCUAGAUUCUGUCAGUGUGCCCACAGGAACAGACUCAGGGAAUAACAAUAAAGUCCUCUGGAGAGAAGUGAAGCCUCCAAUCCAUAACCAGGUCAGCAGUUUCGCUGAGGGAGUGAAAGCCCGCACUUACAAACCACUGCUGGAUCGCCCCAAGUGUGAAGGUUUAGAGUCCCGGAUCCACCACUUUGUGCGCAGGGGCCGUAUUGAACUGCCACACUGCAAGGAGAAAGAGGCUGGAGCAGAUGCACAAGAGCUAGAAAUCAAGAGAGGCCAUAGUGGAACUACAGAAAAAGAUACUGAGGUACUAGAACAACCUGCCAAGAGAGUCUGUGUAGACACAGAAUCCAAGAUCUCCAAAUGAUACAUUGCCACUGGGGGACAAGCGGCAGGGUGAAGAACUCCCCUGGGAUUUAAGGCUUCUUUCUUGGGAGGGAAGAUAGAUAGAAUUGUUUAAAAAUAGUUCUGUGCCUUUUUUAGUAUAAUGAACUCUUUCUAGGGGACCCUACAAAUUAUUAAUUUAUAAUGGUCUAAUGUAAAGAUUCUGAAACUGGUUCAUGGAGCACUCACUAAUCAUAUAGUGCUUGUUUUGCCUUUAACUGAUCAUGCAUUAAAAGCAGCUAAUACUUUUCA